UGGUGCUGCUGAGUUGUUCGUGCUGGCUAGUGCGUGCCUUCGAUUAAUAUAAAGUUGCACUGGAGUUUUUCUGUUAAUUCAACAUUUUUGCCGAGAAAGUGUUUGGCUUCGUUUCUGCUCCUGUCACUCAUCAGUUUGUGCUGAGUCAUCGUUAUGCAGUGCUCAACCUGCAAUGCACCCACCGAUAGUGCUAAUUCGGUGUCCUGUGCCGGUGUUUGUGGUUCCAAGCAUCACACCCAUUGCACGGGGUUGUCUCGUGAUUCUACUCGUGAGCUUGGGCGUAAUAAUCAGUUAUUGUGGUUGUGCAAAACAUGUCACGAGUUUCGCAAUGGCACAAAUUCACUUCUCACAAAUCGGCUAUCAAGAGCGAUUUGCUUCCUGAGAUCCUCGCUCUCGUUGAUAAGCGAGCGCUAGCACCCAUAUUAGCUAAGCCGUCUGUUAGCAACGCAUCGCUUACGCACACAUCCACUAAUGUAUCGUCGCUCAAUGCCACAAAUACAUCCAGAACGACUAAAACAGCUUCCGCUCGCCGUACAUUUACUAACUCAACGGAGCUCACUGCUGAUAUCCAAGCUGCGAACGAUACCAACACUGUAGAAGAUUCUGACAACUGUAACCACUACAAUCAUCGUACUAAGCCGACUAGUGAUGUUAGUGCUGGAAACUACCGAACAAAUACACAAGCAUCUUCUGAUCCUGUUUUGAACCAAAACACCACCAACACGGGCAUAGCCGAGAAAGUAUGGUUAUACUUCACGAACAUCAAAUCGCAUGUCUCCGCUGAUGAUAUGCGUGUGUGGCUUAAAGCUGUGCUACCAACGGACGAUAUUAAUGUUUACCGUCUCACGAAAAAGGGUGUGAACCUGGACUCGAUGUCCUUCAUAUCGUUCAAAGUGAGUGUUCCUAAAUCUUUUAAGGAGCUUGCGCUGCAGUCUACUAUUUGGCCAGUUUCACUUACUAUCUUUUGA